UAAGGACAGGCAGCGCCGAGGACGCUCUAGCCCGGCGUCUCGAUAGUCACGUGGGUGCCGGCGGGGACAUGGGGGUGCUGCCGAGGCUGGUGGUAUUUGACCUGGACUACACCCUGUGGCCCUUCUGGGUAGACACCCACGUCACCCCCCCCUUCCGCCACGCCAGCGCGGGUGUGGUGCUGGACGCAGGGGGCCGCCCCGUGCGCCUCUACCCCGAGGUGGUGGCUGUGCUGGAGCGGCUGAGCAGCCUGGGUGUGCCGGUCGCCGCUGCCUCCCGGACGAGCGAGACACGGGGGGCAGCCCAGCUGCUGGAGCUGUUCGGGCUGCAGCGCUUCCUGCAGCAAACGGAAAUCUACCCAGGGGCCAAGACCGCUCAUUUCCACAGGCUGCAGCAGGACACCGGGAUCCCCUUCGCCCAGAUGCUGUUCUUCGACGAUGAGCCCCGCAACAUCCAGGAUGUCAGCAACUUGGGUGUCACCUGCGUGCUGGUCCCUGCCGGGAUGACCCUGGCUCUCCUCGCCCGUGGCCUGGAGGCCUUCGCCGGGUCCUGACCCCCCCACAUGGAGCAGGGCCACAACCCCCACAUGAUAAAGUCCUGAGACCCCCA